UUGGCUUCGAACGUUUUAUAAUCAAAAUUGUUGAGAGUGAUAUUCUAAAAAAAUGGAAAAUACCCAGAAAUAUAGAAGAUUGAAUAUCCUUAUUUUACUCUGCCAGUGUAUAGGCAUUACUAACAUUUCUACAAUUCCAAAUGUGUCAUUUUCCGAAGGCAUUUUGGGUUGUAUCAUAUUCUUUACGUUGACUUACAUUUUUCUUGGAAUUCCACUUUUGUAUAUGGAAACUGUGAUAAGUCAGUUUACGAAUCGCGACUGUAUUGAUGUCUGGAAAAUCAACCGUUGUACCUCACAUGUUGGUUAUAUUCUAAUUGUAUGGCAAGUCCUGAUUCUUUUAUACAAUCACACAGUCACAUCGUUCCUUAUGCACUAUUUAUUAAUCAGCUUCGAGAGCCCCGUACCAUUUUACACAUGUGGGCCGUGGAGCAACAGGCAAUGUAACAUUUUCUAUAGAAAUUAUACUGUGAACAAAAAUUGCAUUGGAAAACAACACGGUGCACCGUAUUGCGAAGGUCUCUAUUCGACGUACCCCGAAUAUCAGUACUGGAGAUUUAACUUAGUCAAACUAGAUGAGAAACAUCAGAUAGCUUGGAAGAUAUGCUUGGCUUCGGGAGUGAUUUGUAUUUUAAUAUAUCUCAGUUGUUUCAAGAGAGAACGAUCUUUGAAAUGGGCUACGUACUUUUUAGCCAUCUACCCAAUAGCUGCUUACUCGGUGGUACUAACUGGAUCAUUACUUCAGAAAGGAAUAGUAUUCAAAUUCACUGAGGCAUUAGACUUCGAUUUCAACGAGUUUUCGAAGAAGUUUAGAAUAUCUAACAUAGUUCAACGUGUUGUUUACAACUUAGGCAUCGGUUCUGGGGUGACAUUGAAUCUCUCAGCAAAUUCCCCGUUCCGCACUCCUUGCCUAUCCAACAGUGUUAUUUGCGUGGUGAUAUGCACACUAUUUACAAUUUUAACCAUCCUUACAACGGCUCUAAUGACGUGUCCUUAUGCGUUCGUGUUUGAUGACAAACCAGAGACAAUAAUGAAAAUACGUAUGUCGUUUCUCUUUGAAAAAGUGCCAAGAAUGUUAUAUCAUUAUGAGAGAAAUUCGUUUUACUUAAUUACCACAUAUAGCUGUUACACAGUGCUCGGGUUGUGUACUGAUGUAAUGGUAUUUUACAAUUUAUUGGACGUUGCGGCGAAAAGAAAUGACAAAAUUGCGAAAUACCCAGGUCUAACAUGUUUUUGUGGCAACUUGGUGCUGUUUCUAAUAACUAUACCAUUUUUUAGUUACUUCGGGAUAAACAUAUUUACUGUCAGCUUUAGAAGGCAUGUAAUAACUUUUACUAUAUUCAUAGCUAUGCUUGAAUGUAUCGUGUUUUUGACUUGGUACGGCGUGCAAAGAUUUUCAGAAGAUGUACACUUUAUGUUGGGAGUACAGCCGCAAUUUUGUAUCAAAACCGCUUGGAUUCUGUCAAGUUUAUUAUUGGGAUACUCAUUCUGCAGAGAGCUGGAUCACCAUUUGAGAAUGAACACUCAAUUAAUUUAUGGGUCAUAUACCGUUUCGUUGGAUCCGACUUGGGGUCCAAAAACUGAAGUGUUACAAAGAAGUCGGGCAAUGUUUUCAGUUCAAGCAAUGACUAAAGAGUAUAUGUAUAGACAGUACCAUUUGAAAGCGGGGAUCCUAUCGCGACAAAGGGAAUCAAAUGUAAGAAAUAGUUUUAAUUAAUAAAUUACUUCCCUGUGUU